CUCGAUCCUCAAAAACCAUGAAAAUGAUGAAGGGAACUGAUGUGUUCUGUUCUUCCUCUGCUUCCACAGCAAUAACUUGUGGCAUGCACCAUCGUUCUACAGCGCGUGGAAGGAUCAAAAGCUACAACCAUGACGGAAGGAAAAGCCAACUCUGUGUACCUUGUUCAUCCCAAUUGCCCAUAACUCCUAAGCCUUACUUGGAGAAGCCCAGAAAGAGGUCAGCUGAUAAGGGUAGAAAAAGUUCUGUUGAUGUCAGCGAACUAUAUACUCAUCAUCAUGCUACUGCUGAGGGUUCAUCCAGAAGAUAUCUCCUUGCUGACGCGCCAUUCAUUGGGUGGGUAUCAGAGUCUAACAAAUUCACACAAAUGGUUCCUUCUAAACAUGAUGUCCAAGACAAGGCUGUGGUUAUCAAAACAAACCACGCUCCUACUGUUCGCUCAAAGGACCAGGUUGUGGUUUUGAGGGUGUCAUUGCACUGCAGGGCCUGCGAAGGAAAACUUAGAAAACAUAUUUCAAAAAUGGAAGGAGUGACAUCAUUCAGCAUAGAAAUGGAGAGAAAGAAAGUGACGAUAAUCGGAGACGUGACACCACUGGGGGUACUGGAGAGUGUAUCCAAGGUCAAGAAUGCACAGUUGUGGCCAUCUCUCUGAACUUCAAUAUCUGAUACACCUUUCGGGUUGGCGAGUGAAGUGGUACAACUGACAACUCUGUAAUUGCACGUGUAUGUUGAAUGCACUUUGUUGGUGUGAGAAGCGAGAAGGUAAUGCAUGCCAGACAGUGGUAGCAGAGAGCACUCAAGAGUCUCUUUGGAAGCAUUCUCUUCACAAAACUAUUGCUUCUAACAUUUUUCUUUUUCAUCUUCUGAAAGCAGUGAGAGAUAGUUAAUGUGACAUGAUGCAGGUCCCAUUGUUGAA